AUGAGAAGAAAUAAGAUAGUUUCACCCGGAGUGACUUCUAUUCAGCGAUGGCUUAAAUCGAUGAUGUAUUUACCAGGUUUUGUAACAGAAUAUAAUUCUCAAUUGACAUUAAUGUCUAAAGUAAUGACUGAGCAAGAAAAAAAAUAUGUAGUGUUAAUUGAUGAAAUGUCAAUAAAAACGUGUCUGGAGUAUAAUAAAUCAUUAGAUUUCAUUGAGGGCUAUGAAGAUCUAGGGCAUUUGGGUCGAUCAGAAAAGUCUGCAAAACUUGUUCUUGUUGUAACGAUACAUGGACUUUAUAACAAAUGGAAACUACCUUUUGCUUACUUUAUUAGUAGUACUGGAGUCACAGGUGAUCAAAUGGCCAACAUUGCAAGAAAUAGCAUUGUGAAACUAUGUGAGAUUGAAUUUUCACCAAGUAUAAUUACGUGUGAUCAAGGUACAAGUAACCGCAAAAUGUUUUCCUUGCUUGGAGGGACUCCUGAAAAUCCAUAUACAGUAAUUAACAGCAAAAAAAUUUUCUUAAUGUAUGAUAUUCCUCAUUUGAUGAAAAGCGUUAGAAAUAAUCUGCUUAUAGGAAAUAUUAUCAUCCUAACAAAUGAACGCGAGAAAAAAAUAUGUUUCAAUGAUUUCCGUAAUCCUGUAACCUCAGGAUUAUACAAAUUGUUUGAUGUUCCAUCAUCUACAGUAUCUUCCACAUCUAUACUUUGA